GCCACGGCCCUUGGUUCCCCUCCAUUAUUCGACCUCACCUCACCUUGCCACCAGCCAUGGCUGCCGUGACCGCCGCGGCCAUCUCUCUGUCCUCCUCCUCCGCCUCCUCCCCUGCGGCUGCUGCCAAGGCCAAGGCGGCGUCCCCGUCGUCGUCGCCAUGCAGGCACCUCCAGUUCCUGUCGGCAGCGAGCCCGCGGCGGCGGUGGCGGGCCGGCGCCCGCGCGGUACGGGCGCAGGUGUCCACCACCGAGACCGCGGCGGCGGGGCCGGCGAAGACGUCCAAGAAGCAGGACGAGGGGCUGGUCACCAACAAGUACAAGCCCAAGGAGCCGUACGUCGGGAGGUGCCUGUCCAACACCAGGAUCACCGGCGACGACGCGCCGGGGGAGACGUGGCACAUGGUCUUCAGCACCGAAGGCGAGAUCCCGUAUAGAGAGGGGCAGUCCAUCGGCAUCAUCGCUGAUGGCGAAGACAAGAACGGCAAGCCGCACAAGCUCAGGCUAUACUCCAUCGCCAGCAGCGCCCUCGGAGAUUUCGGCGACUCCAAGACGGUAUCGCUUUGCGUGAAGAGGCUAGUCUACACCAACGAUCAGGGGGAGAUUGUCAAAGGAGUCUGCUCAAACUUCCUGUGUGACUUGAAACCUGGCGCCGAUGUGAAGAUCACAGGGCCAGUGGGCAAGGAGAUGCUCAUGCCCAAAGACCCCAAUGCAACAGUCAUCAUGCUCGCAACGGGGACCGGUAUUGCUCCGUUCCGCUCCUUCUUGUGGAAGAUGUUCCUGGAGGAGCACGAGGACUACAAGUUCAGCGGCCUUGCGUGGCUGUUCUUGGGAGUCCCGACGAGCGACAGCCUGCUGUACAAGGAGGAGCUGGAGAAGAUGAAGGAGAUGGCGCCGGACAACUUCCGGCUGGACUUCGCGGUGAGCCGGGAGCAGACGAACGCGGCGGGGGAGAAGAUGUACAUCCAGACGCGCAUGGCGGAGUACAGGGAGGAGCUGUGGGAGCUGCUGAAGAAGGACAACACCUACGUCUACAUGUGCGGGCUCAAGGGCAUGGAGAAGGGCAUCGACGACAUCAUGCUCAACCUUGCAGCCAAGGACGGGAUCGACUGGAUGCAGUACAAGAAGCAGCUCAAGAAGGGCGAGCAAUGGAACGUCGAGGUCUACUGAUCCAUCCUUCCGUUGACGACUGCGGAGAUCAAUCAAAUCGUUGGCUCGUCGCCGCGCCCGAGUCUGUCAGACUCAGGUCUCUAUCUACCGAUGUACAUAUACCUUACGAUGAUGAAAGACAUUCUCUAUCUAUCAAUGUACAUACAUACAUACAUAACUUAAUUUCACACGGAUUGCAUCGUACAUGG